AUGUCCUUUAACCUCUUUUCAAAAACACCAAGAAAACCAAAGAAACCUGAAGAUAACGAGGAGGGGAUUCAAACGGAUUCGCCUCGCUCAAAAUCCCCACUAAAGAAAUCUUACUCAAGAUUAAGUAAAAAUAAAGAAGAGGAAAAUAUUAAAUCAGAGGAAAAACAAUCAGGCUCAACAAAAUCCAGCCGUAUUCGACCAAAAUCGAGUGUAUACCCGUCGCGAAAUUCUUUUGAUCCAAAUACCACUCAUCCUUUAAACCUUCCGCCAGAUCAACUGCGGAGGUUAUCAACUCAAGUCAGGAUGUCGGAACCUAUGGAUAUUGACGUUGACUCUCCUGCCAGCGCUCGCAAUCCUUCCCCACCACCUGCAACUAAUUCACAAUCAAACACCCAAGCAAGCACAUCAAAACCAGCAGAGCCUGCUCGUAAGCUUUCUUCAAAGUCUGCUCCAAAGCCUGCUCCUCAGCCAAGUGCACCCAAUGGUGACAGUGCUUCAGCUAAUGGAGAGGGACCACCCCCUCCUCCACCAGCUCACAAAUCGAACCCAACAAGUCCUCAAGCGGUAGCGCCACCGACCCCAGAAGAAGCAGAGGCAUUCAAAGAUUCGGGAAAUAGAUAUUACAAGGCUAAGCAGUACAAGAAAGCUAUUGAAGAAUACACCAAGGCUGUCGAAGCGAUGCCAAUAUCAUCCACCUAUAUCAACAACCGUGCUGCUGCUUAUAUGGCUGCUGGCCAAUACUACCAGGCUUUAGAAGAUUCCAAACGAGCUGACCAGCUUGAUCCCAACAACCAUAAAGUACUUCUACGAUUAGCUCGAAUUUACAUCAGUAUGGGAUUACCACAAGAGGCUAUGGAUACCUUUGGCCGCAUUCAACCACCACCUUCAGCAAAAGACAUGGCUCCAGCUAAAGCUAUGUUGCAACAUCUUGCGGCUGCAGCAGACGCACUUAAGAACGGAACUGGAUCAAUGGCAAUACACUCUAUUGAGCAGGCAGAAAGAUUACUUGGUAUGGGUGUGCCCAAGCCACGCAAAUGGCAAUUAAUGCGUGGUGAGGCUUAUCUAAAAAUGGGCAAUGUCAAUGCUUUGGGAGAUGCACAAAAUGUUGCCAUGUCUUUAUUACGAGGAAACAGCCAAGAUCCUGAGGCGCUUGUUUUGAGGGGCAGAGCUUUAUACUCUCAAGGCGAAAAUGAAAAGGCCAUCCAGCAUUUCCGACAAGCUUUGACAUGCGAUCCUGAUUACAGAGACGCAGUCAAGUAUUUAAGAUUGGUCAGGAAGGUUGAUCAGUUAAAAACCGACGGAAACGCGGAGUUCAAGGCUGGGCGAUACCCGAAUGCUAUUGAAAAGUACAGUGAAGCUCUCGCACUCGACCCUACAAACAGAGGAACAAACUCCAAAUUGCUUCAAAAUCGUGCUUUGUGCAAAUCUCGCCUCAAGGAUUAUGCGGCUGCUAUUGAGGAUUGUGAUCAAGCUCUUCAACUUGACCCUUCAUACACCAAAGCAAAGAAGACAAAAGCUACCGCUCUUGGCGAGUCUGGCCAGUGGGAGGAAGCUGUACGCGAGCUCAAGCAGUUGCAAGAACAAGAUCCUUCAGACGCUGGUAUUGCUAGGGAGGUACGAAGAGCUGAACUCGAGUUGAAGAAGAGCAAGAGAAAGGAUUACUACAAGAUCCUUGGCGUUGAGAAGGACGCAGAUGAUAACCAGAUUAAGAAGGCUUAUAGAAAGGCUGCAAUCAUCCAUCAUCCAGAUAAGAACCGGGAUGAUCCACAUGCAGAGGAGCGAUUUAAGGAUAUUGGAGAGGCCUACGAGACCUUGAGUGAUUCUGAGAAACGUGCACGAUACGAUAGUGGUGUAGACUUGGAAGAUCCAAUGGAUGGCUUUGGAGGCGGUAUGGGAGGUGGUGGGGGAGGAAUGAACAUUGAUCCAGAAAUCCUCAUGCAAAUGUUUGGAGCCCAGAUGGGAGGGGGCCGUGGAGGUGGAGGUGGUUUCCACAGUUUCGGUGGUGGUAUGCCGCAGGGAGGUCGCGCUCGGGGCGCUCCUCAAGGCUUUCCCGGUGGAUUUUCGUUCCAGUGACCUGAUGAAGAUCAGAAUCAUGAUAUUAAUCAAGAUCAAUCCACCUCUCACAACACAUCAAAAAGUUCGCGUCAAAGUUCUGAUUUCACAAAAGCUUCUCAUGAUCCCGACGGAAAAUGGUGGCUACGUA